AGCCAGUCGCUCGCCGUUCGUUCACCGACGUGGCCCGAAACUACCGCUUCUCCGGUUCGAGAUAAGCGAGUAAAAUUGGACAUAUAAGGACGAUAAAACAACGAGAGACAAUUCGUGAUCUUCGUUACGAGAGAAAUUCUUAUAUAUUUGUAUUAGUCUCGAUCGUGGUGAACUCUUUCUCUUUUCUUUUUUUUUUUCUCUUCUUUUUUUUUUCUUUUCUUUUUUUUUUUUUACUUGUUUUUGUUUCUGUCUCUUUCUUGAUUCUUUUAUUUUUCCUUUCUUUCUUUUUCUUUUUUCUCUUUUUUUUUCUUUUCUUUCUUUAAUCGAGUUCUGUUGUUAAACUAUUUGAAAAAGGAAUUCGUUCGACGAUAGGGAGGAUAAUGUUCGUGAACGAAGAUAAAGGAAAUUAGAACAGUAAAACGAGAAUGGGAUUUCGAAUUAGAGAACAACUCAUCGUUACAAAAUGCCGAACGUAUUCGUCGCCGACGUUUUGGUGUAUAGGACUUACUCCGUCAUGCCGUCGCUUCGUAGUAAAGCUCGCGAAGUUUCUCUCGUAAAAUCAGUGAUGGUAAAAUUUUCACAGAGGAAAUCUCAAAUCGUUUCAAUUUCAAGGAUCGAAUUGAGAAACGAGAAAGGAUCGAAUUAAUGGCGUUCGUUCGGCUAUGUUUAUUUAACCGGUAAUAGUUGGAUCAUUCGAUCGGUUUAACAUUCGAGGAUCUCAUUGAAUGAAGAAAAAGAAGAGAGAAAGAGAGAGAGAGAGAGAGAGAAAGAAAGAAAGCUAGAGAGAGAGAGAGAGAGAGAGAGAGAGAAAAUGUGAAUGAAAGAAGAAUGAAAAGAGGAAGAAUAGUGUGCUGUUCCUUCUGUUUAAAAGUUUUCAUGUGAAAUUGACUAAACGUGGUUUAAAACAUUUCACGUAUUCGAUCGAAGAAUAAAAAAAUAUUGAAUCGAUUUAUAGCACACACACACACACACACAUAUAUAUAUAUAUAUAUAUAUAUACAUAUAGUGUGAGAAAGAGAGAGUGAGAGAGUAUUCAGAGGGAUGAAUGGCAGAGCUUAGGGACGAUUUUCUUCUUUUAUCGUGACGUUGAACGGUGCUCUUACGGUGAAUCCAAGGUUUCCUACGAGUGUACCUUAUCAUUCUUAUCAUUUUAUUCUUAUUUUUUCCUUUAAAGAAGAAAAUCAAUGAUCGUUUAUGGUUGUACGUUAGGGAGAGGGCAAAUUAAAGGAACAAAAGGAAAAAAAGAAGAAAAAUAGAAAGAAAAAAGAAGAAGAAGAAAAAAAAAAAGAAACAAGGAAGAAGAAAAAAGAAAAAGGAAAGGAAAGGAAGCAUAGGGAAAAAAUCUUCCACAGUAUGGACGUCCGACGUUGCAUUGAUUUUCGAAAGACCCGAAUGGCUUCGAAAUUGCAUCGAAAAGGGGAGAAAAAUUAUUCUUAUCGACUAUCGUCCUCGAUUGGAACGUAUUAAGUGCGAUCGAAGUUUAUCGUUUGACGACUUCUUGCUUUUUGUUUUUUCUAUUAUUUUUUUUUUCUCUCCCCCAUUCUCUCCUCUCCUUUUCUCCUUCCUUUUCCUGUUUUUUUUUUCCUUUUUCCUUUUUCUUUCUUUUUUUUUUCUUUUUCGUUUCUUUUUUUGUACGUGCUUUCUCGUGAGAAUGCUGUUGUCUACGUACGAAGGUCAAGGAACGACUCUUAACAGCGACAGGGAAAGUUUCGUCUCGAAGAGGACUUGCGUUUAGGGAAUACGCGCUUCGAUGAUGAUCGAUGGAAUCACGAAUAGAAGAAAAUAGGAAGAAUAGUCGUCUCGGUGCUCAUUGUGGUUGGUGAUCGUCGAGCGUUGAGAAUAAAUCGUGGAAGCGAGGAUAAGAUUUGUGAGAGGUGUGGAGAGGAGAAGGAGGAGAAAGAAGUGGAAGAAGACGAGGAGGAGGAAGAAGAGAAGAAGAACGAGGACAGAGAGUGAGGAAUGGCGGGAAGAUCAAAGAUCUCGUGAUCUGUUUGGGGGUAGCAGAAUGGAAGGUGGAAGGGACAACGACGGUUCGUUGUUUCGGUCGAUCGUUCGAAAGCUAUCGUCGAGGGAGUCGGUGAUAAGUAGUGGGGUAGAGGGUGAAGUGGAUACAUCGAGCACGAAGAUCGGUAAUAGUGUAAGGGGUGUGGUAGUGCCGGCUAGGAAUACGUCGACGACAGACACAACGACAGGCACGACGGUUACGACGGCAACGAUAACGACGACGAGAACGAGCACUAGCGACGAAUACGAGAUCGCGUUCGAGACGAUCCUAGAACGUGCAUUCGAUAUGUCGAGAAACGAAACUGACGCUGCAGCUACGGCGGCAAGCGGAACUGCUACGGCGAGUGGAGGAACUGCAACGGGGGUUGUCGUUGAAUCAACCGGUUGGUUCGACGAUACCCAAACGCCAACGACGACAGCGAGUUUUGCUUCCUCGUCGAAUGCUUCAUCGUCAUCUUCGAGUUCUACCCUCGUAGAUAAUUAUACCCUAAUAUCGGAUCUAUUCGUCUUCGACGAUCUUAAUGAUUACAUUAAUCGAUUAAAUUAUAGCGCGUUCGCGAAUCUAACGGCCUAUUAUGAAGGUGGUGGUAGUAUGAAUUUAAGUGCCACAGGUAAUUGCACUUCCUCGAUCGUAUCUGGCAAUGACACAGAAUGCGAUACCGCCGCGGUAGACGAAGAAUCCAAUCCUAGCAAUUGGUGGGCCCUGAUACUGGUUAUCGUACCGUGUCUAACCCUAUUCGGCAAUGUCCUCGUUAUCCUGGCGGUUGUAAGAGAGAAAGCACUUCAGACCGUCACCAAUUAUUUCAUCGUCAGCCUUGCGGUAGCCGAUCUUCUAGUCGCGGUUCUCGUCAUGCCCUUUGCCGUCUAUGUAUUGGUAAACUCGGGCUCGUGGAGUUUGCCAGGCUUCGUUUGCGACUUCUACAUUGCAAUGGACGUUACCUGCAGUACGAGUUCUAUCUUCAAUUUGGUAGCGAUCUCCAUAGACAGAUAUAUAGCGGUGACGCAGCCGAUAAAGUAUGCCAAACACAGGAACAAUAGAAGAGUGUGGUUGACGAUACUGUUGGUCUGGGCGAUAUCGGCCGCGAUCGGUAGCCCGAUUGUUCUUGGCUUGAAUAAUACUCCCAACCGAUUGCCGGACCAAUGCCUCUUCUACAAUACAGACUUCAUCAUCUACUCGAGCCUAUCCAGCUUCUACAUACCCUGCAUCAUUAUGGUGUUUCUAUAUUAUAACAUAUUUAAGGGUCUACGAAAUAGAGCGAGAAAAGCUCGAGCUAAUCGAAAACCAAAUCUGGGAGAAAUAAAGCCGGGCAGUAUUAUAGAGAACAUCGCGAACACCCGGAGUGGGUAUUCUGUGGCAAGGUUCGCCGAGACGGCGUUGGGGGCAGCCGCCUUGGUGGCUCCCGGCAUCGAGGAGCCAACGAACACCGCUUCCGGUAGCAACGAGGACGAAGAUGAAACGCCUUUAGAUCCAGUCGUUGUCAUCUCCAAUGAUAAGAGCACCGAAUUCUUCUUGGCCACUGUCGUCGAGGAAGCAGCUUGUCGUUUCAGCGCGGUGGCGCAAGCACAGCUGGGCGAAUCGAAUGGUCGAAGGAAUUCGGGUUACGAUGGUGCUGCAAGCAGUACGAUGAUUAACGAGCCAACCGAAAUGAAUUCGAGUCCAAGUCCAAAUCCACGGAUCACUUCGGCUCCGUCAUCCUCAACGUCAUCCUCACCACCUCCAUCGGCAAGACCUGGAUCAGCAGCCGCGACAAGUAUCCAAGCUUCUCAAACAGAUCGUAAGAAAAAUGGGAACGGUGCUAGCAAGCAAGAACUCAAAAGGCUCAAAAGUACUGGAUCCUUGCUUCCUCUUCAGCUUGGUAGAACACCAAGUGUUUUAUCCGGCACUACGUCAGCCAGUAAAAAGGACAAAAAGAACGCCAGUUCUAGUUCGAAGUUCACGAUAUACAAGGCUAACAAGGCCAGUAAGAAAAAGAGAGAAAAAAGUUCAGCUAAGAAGGAACGCAAGGCAACUAAGACUCUUGCUAUUGUUUUGGGAGCCUUCCUGAUUUGUUGGGUGCCAUUCUUCACGUGCAACAUCAUGGACGCGAUGUGCGACAAGUUGGCGAUGGCCUGUCAACCAGGUGUCACGGCUUUCAUUAUCACUUCGUGGCUCGGUUACAUGAACAGUUUCGUCAAUCCCGUCAUUUACACCGUCUUCAACCCCGAAUUCCGAAAGGCCUUCGGUAAACUUAUGCGCCUUUAAGUCCCGAAAACAAAUAACGCUACGAGAGAUAGCGAAAGGACCUAUACGGACAUCGCGUUUAUAAUUAACGUAUAAUAUCCAUUCGAUAAAACGUGAACAUUAAAUUAUCCGAAUAUGAACGGAUGGAAAAUAUUGAUGUAAUUAAUUUUAGGUAGGACGUGUUACAAGAUGAUAACGUCGCCUAAAUUUCAUAUUUGUUCUCAUUUAAAUCGAGAUUAAGGACUCACAAAAGCGAGCAUCCUCGUUGACUUUUUAUAAACGACAAGAAAAGUUUUCUAUUUUUAUUUGUUGUUUCUUUUUUGUUAACUUUGUUUUGUUUUUUGUCCUUUUAUCUGUUUUUUUUUUUUUUCUUUUUUAUUUUUGCGGAGAACACUCGUCUUGGGCAAUCGAAAUUGCAAUGGAAUUGUUUGAAAAGUUGUAAUCGUACGAUAACGUUUAAAUGAAUGAACUAAUGAUCUUAGAAUAUUGAGAUACGCUACCAUUGUACAAAGAAUUAUAUAUAUAUUAUAUAUAUAUAUAUAUAUAUAUAUAUAUAUAUAUAAUAUAUAUAGUAAAGAUAUAAAACGACCUCUCGAAGGACUCUUUCGGAUAUGGUCGUUAGUUCGAAUAUACACAUAAUAGUACUGCGUCGCUCGAGAGAAAACGUUUUUCCUUCGACGAUAUCAUUUUCUUUUUGAUGUGUUCCAUUUUCCGUUGAACGGUAGAUACGUAAGAAGAUAAAAUAAAAGUAAACGGACUCAAAUACGAAGGAGGUGGUUGGAGUGGGAUAAAGAGUGGAGGGAGUAUUUAUUAACAUGGGAUAUAUUUGUUGUACGAAUGUUUAUUAUAAGUAUACCUACAUUUUUCGUAGAUAUAUAUAUAUAUAUAUAUAUAUAUAUAUAUAUAUCUGAGUACGAGCCGUGACAGUAUUACUAUACUAGUUACCUAAAAUUUAGCAAUAUUUUUUGGGCACUCUGACACUCUUUGAGUCUCGGCCAAGAAACGGAGGUAAAAGAAGAGGAUAGAAAAGAAAAGAAAAAGAAAGAAAAAAAGAAAAGAAAGAGAGAAGAAAAAUAAAAGAGCGAACAAAGGAAAAACAAGAGAUAUAAAUCGAAAAAAAAAAGUAAUAUAAUAAAAGACAAUGCCGAGAGAUUUACUACUGAGAUAUAUAUUAAUGUAGAAAGAAAGCUACGAUGCUCUCGCAAAAUAUAUUCGUUCUCGAUUAAAAUUCGACGACACGAAUUGUAUUUCUAUACCAAAAUUGUGCAAACAAACAAACAAAAUCUAUGCGUAUACCACAUUUCUGAUACUACAUUCUGAUACUAUAUUCCACGAACACGUAAUUACGAACGCCGACGUACUCGGACGUACUCGAACGAUAUUGCAAAUCGUAUUUGUGAUUCCGAGGUAUUAUGUCAUCUCUCUCGUUAUGUAUUCGCGCGAGCACGAGAUUACCUCCAGUGAACAAAAAAAAAGAAAAAAAAGAAAAAAAGAAAAAAAAAACAAAAAGAAAAAAAAAACAAAAAAAAGAAAAAUAAAAAAGAAAAAAGAGAAAAGAAAUCGACGAAAAAGCAAGUAUUUCGAGCUCUUCACCUUACAUAAGUUUUCGUCGAUCGAUAAUCAUCUUCGCAUUUUUGAUUUGCGUUGAGAGGAGGAAAAUAAUGAAAAAAGUAAAAAAACCAACCGAACAAGGAAUCCAAAUAAAACGAAAAAAAAUAAGGAAGAAGAAGAAGAUGAGGAAGAAGAAAAAGAAGAAGAUGUGAAUGGCGAAGAUGGAGAGGAAGAAGAAAAAGAAAAAAGUCACGAACAUUCCUUGCGAUUGAAUUUUUCAAAACAUAUCAGUGUGUUAGUACGAAAUUACACAGUGUUAUCUGUUCGUUCUAUCGACUCUCGAAGGAUCUUUUUACACAAAUACAUACAUACAUGUAUACAUAUGCACGUACACUCAUAUACACAAUCGCAUAUACACACACGUAUAUACGUACGAAAGUUGAUCGCGAAAUGAAUAUUUAUUGUGAAAUAUUUUAAGGGAAAAAAAAAAAAGAUAAAGAAAAUGAGUUACGAUAAAAAGAUAGGGAGUAAAUAAGUGUAUACGUUCGGCCGAUUUAGGAUGCAUUUCGCGCGUGUCACGUUUUAUCGCAAUAACGUCAACAAUCGAUUAAAAAAGCUUUCUACUCCGUUCAUUUUCCAAUUAACUUAAAGCUUCUAACGCCAAAUCUAAUCGUGUAAAUUUGUAAAUAUAUAUAGUAGAAACUAGAAUUAAAUGUAAUUAAAUAUUUAUCGUAAUGGAUAUCAUUGGACGUAUUACGAUAAAUAUGAUCGCGUUUUUUGGCGUUCGAAAUUGUGCGAGCUAAAAUUAAUUUACGUACAAUUCAUGACAAAUUCAUUAUUAUUCGAUGAUUACAGAGAUAAAUUUCAUUGAGAAAGAUUAAUGAUUUAAUCCUUUAAUUUGAUGGACUUUGGAAUUAUUUCAGUUAUUAUUUUGUUAUUAUUAAAAUUUUUUAUAUUAAAAUUUUAAUGGUUUUUUUUUGUUGUUAAUUAUUUUUACUUAAAGAAAUCUUAAGUAUUCUUUUUUUUUAAGAAUUUAUAUUAACUUUGAUCUGAUGAUUUAUAUUAACUAUGAUAUUAUUGAUACUUAUCCUAAUUAAUUUCUCCAAUUCGUCAUUAACAUAAGAUUUAUGGAACCCGACGAAUUUUUCAUUAGAGUUCUGUACAGCUUGAUAAAUUAUCAUAGCUUAAAAUUACAACAAUCAUAAAUAUUGAUUUUCGACAAUUUAUAUUGACUUUAAUUGAUAUAAUACACAUAUCUAUUUUAAUUUUCUUAAUACACGGUUGACGUCAAAUUAAAUGAAUCAAUGUUGAAUUUAAGGAAAAAAAAACUAAUCAAAAUGAAAUAGAUCAAAGGAAUUAUCUUCUAAAUGAUAAUUUGAAUAUGUACGACUUAAAGAAACAAAUUUAAAUUUUGCUUUAACAUUUUUCUCGCGGAUUACAAACAUCUUUUCUUCAUUAUCAUUGCUUUUCUUUUUUUUUUGUUUUUCUUUUAUUUUUUUUUCUCAGCUCUCCUUUUUUCUGUCCCUUGAGAUAUCUCUCCUUUACGAGAUAAUAGUUCGCACGUAAAUCUCUUCGCCAUUUUUCGCUAUCGAUAGCUUAUUAAUUAGUGAAGUUUCUGUGGUUUUGCUUUUGGUGUCGCUGACAAGAGAAGCAGAAACCGAUGGAAGUGCUUUUCUAUGUCGGGAUAGUGAAAUCCGUUUAUGUUUCUGACUAUUUCUCUCUCUCUCUCUCUCUCUCUCUCUCUCUCUCUCUCUCUCUCUCUCUCUCUCUCUCUCUCUCUCUGGCGAACAUUGACGAGGAGAUGUACGAGCAGUCGUGAGAAAAAUAAAGAUAAAAGAUAUAAAAAAUUUGAAAGACAUCGUCCAACGAUAGAAUAGGAGAAAAAGAAGUUUAUCACUGAUAUGAACAAUAGAAAUGUACCGUAUUUGCUUUUUAAAAGAGAAGUAAAUUAAAUCGAUGUACGAUACGAUCGUUUUCAUUUUUUUUAUGUAUCAUAAAAAGGUAUAUAUAUAUAUAUAUAUAUAUAUGUUAUAUGUAUAUCUGUAUAUCCGUAUCAAGAUCGAUGGUUAUUGAAACGACGUCGAAUCAUACACAUGAAAUUCAUUUUUAUUAACAAGCUAUAUAAAAACAAUAAAGCUUUUUCCAAUUUCGCAAUUAGUAAUUAGAUUUGUCGAUCAUACUGAAGAAGUAACAAAUUAACUCUAAAUAAAUAUAAUAUUACAAAAUAUUUAUUUCUAUUACGAAUGAAUUAAAAAAGAAGAAGAGGAAGAAGAAGAAGAAGAAGAAGAAGAAGAAGAUGAGGAAGAAGAAGAUGAGGAAGAAGAAGAAGAAGAAGAAGAAGAAAUAAAACGAAACUGGAAACGUAGCCAAAGAGUAUUUUUCCGUGGGAAAGAAAACGAAGGAAAAUGUAAGCCUAGUCUUCUGUUAUAUAGUCUCUCUAACGUUUUGUCUUCGAAGAAAUGAUAGAAAAUUUCUUACAAUUCUUAGUAAGAUCAUUGUAUUUUUCUAACCUGAUUAGUUCCCUUUUUCUUGUAAAUAGAUAAUCACGUAUAUCUAUACAUUCAUAAACGCUCGGGCAUACUCAUACACGCAGACACAUGCAUAUGUAUAAGAAAAUAACUAGUAUUUAAGUAUAAUAAUUAAUGAGGGAGAGAGAGAGAGAGAGAUAGAGAUAGAUAGAUAGAGAGAGAGAUAGAUAGAUAUAUAAAUAGAGAGAGAGAGAGAGAGAGAGAGAGAGAGAGAGAGAGAGAAGAAAUGGAACUGUGAAUUGUACUGUGUGUCUGUAUAUUCAAUGUAAAUAUGUCUUUAAAUCGACGAAAUUGUAUUGUGCGAAUAAGAUAGCGUACGAGAGAUCAAUAGCAAAAAGAGAAAGAGAAAGAAGAAAAGAGUAGGUGAAAUGAAAAAGAGAAAAAAAAAUAAAUAAAUAAAAGAAAAAAAAAAAAUAAAUAAAGUAUACAAUUAAUGAAAAGUAACGAGGGUAUUUCUGACGAUUCUCUUUUAAGCCCGGAAAUCACGGAAAUUCCCUAGAUCGAUACGAUGAUCGUACUUAAUCGAUGAAAUAGAUUUAAGGCGACUCAACGUUGCACAUCGAGAAAGAAUGAGUGACAAAGAGAGAGAGAGAGAGAGAGAGAGAGAGAGAUAAAGAAUAUGUAUGUAUGUAUGUAUUUGUUUUUGUGUGUGUGUGAGUGUGUGUGUGUGUGUGUGUGUGAGAAAGAGAAAAAGAAAAAGAGAAAGAGAAAAUGUAUGAUUAAAAUGUAUCAGAAAAAUUGAACGACGCAAAAAGUUUUCCUAUGAAUUUCUUAAUUAAUAUUAUCUAACAAUGGUCUAUACAGGGCAUAGAUUAUAAGUGGAAUAAUUUAUGAUUUUUGCUGAAAUAAAAAUCAAAAGGUAUAAUAAAAAGGUAUUUAAAAUAUUAAAGCUCUGUGUGUGUAUGUGUGUGUAUGUGUCUGUGUGUGUGUCUGUGUGUGCAUCGAAGGCAAUAGGUAUGAUUAUUCGUGCAACUCGAAAUAAGCGCAAUUAUAGACAUAUUAUCAAAAAAAAAAAAAAAAAAAAAAAAAAAAAGAAGAAGAAAGAAAGAAUGAAAGAAGAUAAACAUAAGUACAUAUAGACGAUCGUGAAAAAAGUUACAUGAACUUGUAAGUAAUUACAUACAUGCAUACAUGCAUAAAUACAUGCGUACAUACAUACAUAGAUACAUACAUGGAAAAACAAAAUACCUAUACUCAAGGACACCCGCUAAGAGGAGGCACUUGUUAAAAAGUAAAUAAAUUGAAGUAUAAAUGAAAAA